AUGGAGCGAUUGGAUACUGGACAGAAAACCAAGAAAAGUGAUGCAAAUUUGAAUGAGAGAAUUCAUCAAGAAGAUUGUUAUGGUAAGAAGGAUACCGGAAUAAAUUUCAUAGAUGAUGCUGGAGUACCACAUUUUGAUCGAGAUAAUAGACCAGAUGAAGAAAUUUAUGAUAGUGAGGCUGAGGAAUCUGAUGACGAUAGUAAUUUCUUCGGGUCCAAAGCUAAGAAGAAAAGAAAAGAACGCCGCAGAGAAGAAACUAUGAAAACUGAAGUGAUUGAUUUCUUAUCUAAAAUGGAAGUUGCAGCUGAACAGGAUUUGGAGGCCUAUGCUCGGAAGCUUCCUGCUGUACAUAAAUUGAAGAUGUUACCAGAGGUAGAAGUAAAGUUGAGACAAACUGAGCUUCAAGAGUUGUUACUGAAAAACGGAUUGUUGAAAGUUCUGUGCAUGUGGCUUAAUCUUAUGCCGGAUGGAAACUUACCAAAUAUCAAUCUUCGCAGCAGUCUCAUACGUCUCAUUGAUAUUUUACCCGUCGAAACUGACGAUUUUGAUAGAAAAGAGGAAUUGAAAAGAUCGGGUUUAGCAAAAAUAUUGGUGUUCUUGACGACUAUUCCUCAAGAGACAGGAAGUAACCGCGCUAUUUGUAAAAAGUUAAUCGAGAAAUGGAGUCGACCAGUAUACGAGCUAUCGGCAGAAUAUAAGUACAUUCAUCGAAGUGGACAAGUAUAUGAUGCCUAUGACUCGGAUAACGAGGAGUUAGCUACGAGGAGAACUAAACGUUCCUCAAAACUUUUAGAGUCGAUGGACGAUGUGAGUGUUCCCGCUCGCUCUGGUCCAAAAUAUGGCGAAAAGGGAUACAGGCAUCAUGCGGAGAUUCCAGAUAGCUCUAUCCCUGAAUAUACCAAAAGGCCAAGGCUGAAGAUGGACCCAGGUGAGGUAAAAUCUAGAGGACAAAGUAACGAGCAACGCAGAAUAAGAAAACUUGUCGGCAAAGUUUCUGGUCUCAAGAAAAAAAAUGGGCAGGCUUACCAACCUUCUGUGGAAGGCCGAGGAUUAGUUGGCAUACAGAAAUAA